AUGGUGGACGAAGUGGAGUAUUCGCAGUUCUUGGCGGUUCAUAAAGGCCAGUUGAUAAUGGCCGACAUUCCCGAGCAGUAUUGGACAACUUUACAUAAAAAGCUAAAAAAUGAGGCAAGUUUCAUGCCAGUUAGUGAAUACAUAGCCGAAUUUGGUCCUUAUUUUUAAGUGUUGCAAGUAGUGAGUGCACGUGGUAUUUGUAGUGUUCAAGGACAUUUGCGCAAAAAUAUCCUCACAUUGAUUUUCUGCAGUCAUUUAGGGUAAUACCUUUAUUAUCGUAUUGCUGAUCAGGUCCAAUUUGUUCGGAAGGUGGAUAACCAGUCCACUGGAUAAAUCUCUGUUCAGUGGGUAUGCAAUAGUAUCGGUUUCCCUAAGCCUAAGCUUACUUAUCUGCAGGAUAACAAUAAUAUUUUCCCGGUGAAUAACACUAUCCAACGUUUGAGUAUCACUACGCAAUGCCUGUUAUUCACCAACACAAGCAGGUUGGUUGCAUUUGGUUUCUUGGAUUUCAAUCUCAAAGCCAAACUUCUUGGUUAUGAUGUUUGAUCUGCUUGCUCUUGUUUGGCAACACUCAAGUUCUAUAUUUUUGGGUAUGAAGAUGGCAAAUUUCUACCAGAAGGUUCUUACAUGUACAUGCUAAGUAAUUGCACCCUUUUACUCUUAUUGCACUGUAAAAAGGGUGUAUUCAUUUACUGUUAUUAAAUUUUAUUAGAUUUAUGAUGCUGGGUCAUACUUUACAAUGGCUGUAGAUGAAGAGGGUAGUUUGAGAGUUUUUGUGACCACUGAUGAUGGAAUAAAGACCUCCAAUCCAGACUGGUGAGAAACACACGAUCAUCUCAUUUUACCUUGGACUGAUACCCACCCUAAGUGUUGUAAGUGGUACUCUGCCCAUAGUGGGGAGGGGGGAGGGGGGUACUCCCUAUAUUGUCUAUAUACAGUAGGAAGGCCCUACCCAGAAGGGGUAUCUUUUUAAGGCUUCUGGUACAUGAAAGGGAUUAUGAGAUUUCACUAUGGUAGUAUAUGAAAGGGUAGACUUUCAAUUUGGCUUUAAAAGAGCUUUCUUUUAAUUUUUUUGAAAAUCAACAUCUAAUUCACCUGUAGCUGUAAAAAUGCCAUAACAGCCUCCUGUUUUAGCAAUUUUGUUCAUAUUAAAAAGAUGGGGCCUUUUACUGUAGUUGGAAGAGAUGUUGCAGUUUUUCUUUGUAGGUAUGUGAAUUAGAAAGCUAAGGGGAAGCAAUGGAAGCAUAUAUGAAAGGGGUACCUUUUUUGUCAUAAAUGGUGUAUAAGAGGGGAAAGGGAACAGUGGUCAAAAAUCUACCUUUUUUAUGAGUCCCACACUUUGGAUUAAUGGUCACCUAGCCUGUGUAGCAAGCAUUUCCAGUUGAGUUAUAACGCGGAAUUUUGAGCGGGAGCCAAAAAAAAAAUGGAAGGGGGAGGGGGAGGGGAGAAGAGGAAACGCUUGCCCGCAAACCCCACGAUUCUGGAAAACGCCCCUUGAUAUUUCACGGUUUGGUUCAUUUGUAAAUUGACAGCUCGUCAAGAUAGAUAAUGAAUAGAUUACCAGAUUUGAAAAAUUUACUGUUCCUUAAAACGAACUGUAAUAAAAAGAAGCUUUACAAUAAAAGAAGGUUGAAACUCUAAGCGAUUGCUGUGGAAUUUCUUGUUCUUUAUAGCUGAGUUAAAAUUUGAACGUUAUGUGGCUUUAUCUCAUCUGAAAUCUUGUCAAAACGUUGCAAAGAAAUGAUAUGUCCGGAACAAUUCGCUCUGCCGGUUAUGAGUUUUGCAGAGCAGCUGCUCUCCACAGGCCAGCCAGUGUCGAAAAGUUCUCUACAAUACAUGCCACUCAAUUUCCAAUCACUUGUCCAUGGCGGCUCUAGCUAGUGUCUAGUACUCGAUGUUAUCUCCAACAAAAAGUCCAUUUUUUCCAGUCAGAUACGCAUACCAUCACUCCCAAUAAAUUCGCCUUCACUAGUCUCCACUGCUCGAUCUCCAAUUAUACUUUUGAUCAAAGGGACUCAGAUCUGAUAAACCUUUGCACAAACAUGAUUCAAAUAAAUAUCAGGCCAAAGCAUUUGUAAUCUGCGACCACAAAUCAGAUCAGACCAGAUCUGUGACGCACAUAAACAAAACAUACUUGGUUUGAUUGAUGUAUUGAUUGCUAUUUAAUCAACCCUACCAGCACCACACCAAUCAAAAGCUGCGUUCUUGGGCGUAUGCAGUUUUUCAAAAUCAUGGGGUUUGCGGGCAAGCGUUUCCUUUUCUCCCUUCCCCCUCCCCCGUCAUUCCUUGUUUUUUACUCCCAUCCCAACUUUCUCGAUGAACUCACGCGGAAACGCUUGCUAUGCAGGUAAUGGUCACCGGAAACUUAAGAAAACUUAUUACACUUUUUGUCUUAGGGGGUAACUGUGUCACCAUGCAAUACCCUGAAAGCAGUGGUUUCUCCAGGCUGGACGCUAUGCUACAAACAACUGUUCCAAAAGAUAGUUAAUAUCUGUCCAUGGCACUGGAUGGUGGCAUGAUCAAAGAAGUAGAGGGUUGCUCAUAGUGGUUUCUCUCCCUUCAAAGCGUAGCAUCGGUCCUGGAAAAAACACUCACCAAUAAUCUAUUCUUGAAAGAUAAUUGACAUUGCUUGAUAGUGCCUUGAUUGUUAGCUUGUGGUUUCCUUAGAUUGAACUAGUUAUUGAUGAUCAAAUCUGCUUUUGUUAUUAGUGUUUUCUUAAUUGAUCAUUCUUGGACCUAUGAAGUGAAUUAUGCUCGAUCCCAGCUUAAAGCAGUCCCUGGCCUGGCAGACAGGAUGGCCUUGUUAAUGGGAGUAACAAGUAAGUCACUUAACAUGGGUGCAUUUAGCAGGAGGCCAUGAAGUGGGGGGGGGGGGGGUCACCCUUUUGUCUGAAAGUGUAUUAAAUAAAAUUAAUGUUAAAUAACCUUCCCCAUCCCAAGAUGGUGUCAUAUUAACUUCCAACCUCUCUGCCCUACAUUAGGGACCUUAACAUCUGAGGACGGCGCCGGCAGAGAUGUCGCUGAAAAAGUGAAUUCUCAUUCUUUCAAUCGUCAUCGGGAUUACUCCAAGUCACUAACUUUGUCAAAUUUACAUGUAGGUGAACCCUCUUAAAGUUGAAUUCGUAGGAAGUAUAUCCAAGUUCAGAAAGAGAAGGGAAAUUCUGUCGUCACUUGUGUACUUUUUCUGUACAUCAUGAAAUUAGGCAUUUUCACGUCGUAGUCGUGCAGUGACGGCAAAGAAAUGUACAAAAAAGCGUGAUGCACAUGCAAAAUUGUUGUUUUGCUAAUUAAACCUAUUGCUUUUGUGGCGUUCCCGUUGCCGUCGCCGUCGUCGGAUCUUGCCCCUAAUGACCACUUUCUCCAACAUACCUGUUGAGGAGGGACUCAUCUGUGCAUGUAUAUUUUAUUGACCAACAAGCUUGGAUUUAAAUAAAGUAUUUCUGAUAUAGCCAAAACAAAAUCUGUUUAGAUAGGAAAAAGCAAAUUACUGAUCUUGAGGGAAGGGGUUAGUCACUCAGAACACAGUAUUGGCUUCAUCCAGCACACUCACAGAGAUGCUAUUUUUUCCUAUGUAAUAAACAGAAGGUUGAUAGUUCUUGAUGUACCAGCUACUUUUAUGCCAUUGUGGAUAGUCAGAAAUAAAUUAAUAAGUAUUUUCUUUAAUAAAUGGGAGAAACUACAUGUACAUGUACUUCACUGUGUGUAUGUUGCAGGUCAAUUUCAUUUACAUGUAAGGUUAAUUUUUAUUUAAAAUGUACAUUUGGUUAUAUAGUCUCAAUUCCCUUUGUCUCCUAGCUUUAGAACACAAAGAGAUUGAGAAUCAGUUUGGGUUAAAAACAUUUACAUGUACAUGCACAUACAGCAAAGUAGUUGUCAAGCAUAAUUGUCACAAUUUUAUUUUUGUUUCUAUUAAUAACCAUUAGAUGGAGAAUCCAGUGCAGUGAGUGAAGAAGACAAAAUUGAAAAAAUCUUUGAGAAAAUGUGGAGGUUUGUUAUUUAUUUAUAAAAAAUGUAGUUUAAGUUCACAAUUUGAUGUCUUACCUUUGUCUUGUGGCUUUAUUAAUGUAUUCUAAGAAGCAUUUGCUAUAUUAUUUUCCUAUAAUGAGUAUCAUUUUUUAUACGUGUACCCCAUGUUUAUCAUCAAUGGUUUUUUCACCAUGAUGGGCAAAAAAGAUUCACAAUUAACUUCUUUGUAUAUGUUGUAGUUAAUUUUUUCCUCUGGUUUUUAAUUGUUUUUCUUUUGUUUUAAGGUAUGGUAAUGUGUGCUAAGGAAUUUGAAACAAAAGAAAAAUAAAAAAUUAACUAUAUUAACAGCAAACAUCCUCCAAAUUAGGCCAACAUUCUGGUUAAGAGCAUUCGCUGGGGGUUUUAUCUCAAUCAAAAAAAGAAAAAAAAAUUGAAUGAAUAGUAAUAGUCAUUGCUCUUCUGGGAAAGAAAGUGUUUUAACUGUUCUGGUACAUGUAUCCUUACGCAGGACAAGAGAAUAUAAACUCUAAUUAUCUCAGUUUGCACUUUAGUGAAGAAUACUAUCACAUUCAUUGGUCAGAUUUCUGUGAUGUUAUUGCAAUUGAAACAAAAAAACAACAACAACAACCUAAAAUGCAGUCAAGGGGUACAGAAAAUGUUUGAUUAAAAGUUUCAAGGUUAUCUAUUCAAACCAACCAAAUUCAUAGCAAAUUUUUAAAGUUUUUGCAUUUGCCUGCUGGAAUUUGUUUUAAGUUUAAAAACAAUGAAAAUUCCUUGUAGGCAAAUGUGACCCCUACAUGUACACAUAUAUAUAAACCCAAAUUAUAAAUUGCUUCUCUUUCAGUUAUAAUCACAGUUACCGUAUAAAGAUGAUUGUAAGUACAUUUUGUAUUUGUCUAAGACAAAUGUAAAUGAAGUACAGUGAAAACCCACCUGUAAGAACCUAGAUUAGGUUCUUAUAGAAAUUUUAUUUAGUGCGAUUUUGGGCUACUUAGGUUCUUAAAUAGGUUCUUAAUUUGAUAGGGGUGCCAGCGAUCAGCACAGAUAACUACUACAGGGCAUAUGUGAUAUGGAAUAUGUUGCUGUAUUAAAUAAUUAUCUAGAAUACAGUUUAGAUGAUAACCAUGCAGAAAUUUUAUCUUUCCAAAGUACUAGCAUGAAUGUCUUUCAUGCUGCAGUGUCCAUAAAGUGCAGUGUUACACUUUGAAUCUUGCUGACUGAAACCUAGACUUUUUUUUUCCGGCUGUAUUUUCUUCUCUGCCUUCAUUUUUGUAAACUGAGAACCUAUUGAAAAUUUUAGGCUAAGUAGGUUCAUAUGAAAAGGGGGGUUUUUAAAAUAAAAAUUUUAGCCGAACAGGUUCUUUUAUUUUAGGUUCUUAUAUGUGGGGUUUUUACUGUAAUAUAGUCAACUCUCUCUCUAAGACGGACAGCAUGGGGACUGGCUCUGACUGUCUGUCCUAGAGAGGUGUCUGGCUUAUGUAAAGCUGAACCCAUUCACAAGGAAUACAAGUUUUGUCAGACAGGAAAAUUUGCUCCACUUUGUCUUUCUUCAUGCAAGGGUGAAAGUGGGUAUCAGCAAAACUGACCAAGAUGCCACCAUGAGGUACAACUGUAGAGUAGCAACUUUUUCUGUGUGUUGCAUGUUAAAGAGUUGAUGAGGACACUGGGGUGGGAGCCCAGGAGGUGUGUAGGAAGCAGGAGAUAAAAGGGUGUUUAAUUAAGGGGCUGUUCUACAGGGAUGUGAAGCAAGACAAAUAAGGGUACACUAUUUAUUUUUGUGAAUUAUGCGAUGAUACUUAAUAAUUAUAUAUAUUUUUUCUUCCGGCCAUUACAGGGUUACGAUGCCAGUGGCCUGGCUUAUGAAAAGGAUUAUGAUAAAGAUGAAGAAUAUUCUCCUUUGUGGUUUGUCAUGGAUGAGUUUGGUUCAUGUAUAAGACAUUCAGAUGAUCCAACUUUUGGCAUGAGCUUUAUGAGUUAUGUUCCUCUUGGAAUAUUUUUCUCAAUAAUUUGGCCAUUGAAGGAUCUGGAAUAUGGAGGUUUGUUUCAGGCAAACAAAAAACGUCGAACUUCACAUGUGAUGAACGUAGUGCUUAUAAGCAAGAACAAUAGAUUUUACUCUCUUAGUAGUUUUAGGUUCAUCACAUGUGAAGUUUGAUGUUUGACCUGGUGUUCAUUUCUCAAAACACCCGAAGAGUUUUCAGGGCUAAGAGUGUGGUUUUUUUUUCAUCCAUUUCUUAUGAUCCUUGGGAGUGUUGAGAAACACACGCCUGAAAAUGGUUGAAGACAUUAUCAUGGCUUGAUAUCUGUCUUUGUUUCUCAAAUAGACCUCACUUACUCUUCACAUUAUGUGCUUAAAUUGCCCUUUAGAAACAUAAAUACAAAUCAUUUGAUCUUCUCAGGACAUUUUUUUAUCAUGUGGUGCUCCCUAUAGUUAUGUUACAUGAUCUAAAGUGACUCCACAGCCUGCGCAGCUUAGAAGCUAAUAUGGUGUAUUAAUCUCAAAGACAUUUCCCGAACUGUGAGAUCCCUGCCUUAUGUGAAGUUCCCGUAUUAACGUACAUGUACAUGUAAAAGAAAGUAAGAAAUAAAUAUAAACCUGGAUGUCAUGUUCUUUCUUCUUAUUUUUUAAUUCAGGUGAAGUGACCAGAAACUAUUUACCACAGUCAAAAGAGGAACCCUUAAUAAGGGAUUGUUGUCUGUUGCCAUGGUUCCCUGACAAAUUGACAGACAAGGAAUGGCUAGCACAGUUAUCUUCUGAGUUUACUUUGGAAUAUACAAUAAAACAACUUAGUGACGUGCAGAUGAAGGUUUGCAUUUAUUUUUCAGUGAAAAGGGAUUGCAACUUAAGGAAACGGGGCCAACUUUUAAGUUUAACUGCUGUGUUGUUGGAAAAUGUUCAAAAUCUGAUCAUGCUUUGUUUUGAUUUUUUACAGUCAUUUGAUAUCUUUAUUUUAGAGUUAUAAUUUCUGCUUAUAUUUGAUCAAAAAACGUGGAGAUCACUAUGACAUAACCCCUUUAAUACUGAAUCUUUCUUUACCAAAAAGACUAGAACAAAGUAGACUGAAAUAUUCUAUUAAGGCCAGGAUGCGCCCUUUCUAAGCAACCCAUUUUCAACCGUUCUGUUACAAAAAUGUACACGAGCCAAAGGAAUUAAUUGUUUGUAUUUACCAUCUAGGACUGGCAAGGUGAGAUAUUCCCUAGACCUGACAAAACUGAGGGUCUCACAUCACUUGCAAGUGACAAUGAUAAAAUUUAUCGCGUGUUCACUGAUGUUGUAGAAGUGAAAAAAUUCCUGACACAUCCAAGAUUUGGUCUGGUGGACAACAAGGAAGAUGCUGAUAUUCUUUGGAUGAGAGGGCAUUUUAAAGAUUUCAGGUGUGUAGCAAAUCUAUGUCUACAUGUUAAGAAUUACCUCAUAAAAUUAAUAUAUGCAAAGUCAUUUUGUUUUAUAUCAACAGUUAUCCCAUUCAAUAUUAUCCAGGGAACCCUGAGGCUUUUUUGCUCCUCAUGAUAUUACCGGGGAAAUGAGUUUCUGUAAUUGGGUGGUGAUGAUGGCUUGAAACGUUUACCUAAUUCCCAUUCUCCUUAUGAUGGUUAAUGACUAUCGCUCGUUCUAAUCGAGGAAUCUUUAUCGUCUAGAUCUUUGCAAGACAGUGGAAAAUUCAUAAAUCAGUUUCCAAACGAAUGUACCCUGACAUGUAAAGACCUCUUAGCAUCAGUGUGUCGGAAUGCAACUGCUCUAAAAAGCGGCCAAGAGGAAGAUUUACUCAGAAGGGGACCCGAAUGGCUUCCUGUUACGUUUAACCUGACCCUUGAACUUCCACUAUUUAUUGAUCAUUAUCUCAAGAGAAAGGAGAGGUAGGACAUAAAGGACGGUGAUCGCUUAAACACUAAAUGACCUACUAUGCAAGCAUUGACUAUGCUAUUAAUUAAGGCGAAUACAUGUAGAAGCAUCAAAUGACAGCCCAUUUUAAAGUUUCUCUAAGCGUCUUUCGAGAGUUUUUGCUUAAAAGCAACGACGCUUAUGACAGCAAAAAAGGUCACUAACGGUGAAUUUCCGUUCUUUCAAACUUCAUCGCGACUUUUACACCUCGCCUAACUGUGAGAUACAUAUAAGGGUUUCUGGAGUGCGUCGUGGGGCGUCCACCUCUUUUAUAAAGUGCCGCAUUAGUAAGUUUUACGUUGGAGUCGUGUAGAGAACGACGAAGAAGUGUAUCGAAAACGUUCUUGUAUGCAAGUAUAGUGUUGUUUGCUCAUAAAAACGUCGAUUGAUUUUUUGGCGUAGUUGUUUGCUGUUGUCCUUGCAGUUUUCUUAAGCCUAGUUUCCAUCGUCGUGGUGGAACCAUCUGUCUCCAUGAGUAAGGGGCUGUGAAGAUCGAGACGCCACGGUCCAGACAUUUCUGUGGACACCAGACAAUAUGUAGGCUUCGAUUUUAUCCUGGUGAAGGCAACCCAAAUCCUCUGUAUUGUUCCGUCUCCAUAUGAUUGUCUUGACCGCCAGCACACUUUUUCAGACGACUUGGACAGUCAAAAACAUCCGGACUAUUAUGUGAAAACCAGACUAAAGCGUUCGUUCAACAGAGCAAGUCCCGAUGCGCAACCAAUCACACAAAAUGAAUCAUGCCUACUUUCCAUGUAAAGCAAUAGAAACACCAGCUCGUGCAUGCAUUGGGAAUUAAAUAGGAACUCUAUAAUCCUUAUAUUCUCAGCCUGUUUCACAUUUAAUCAAGCCUUAGGGAAAUUGAAAAAAUAAAAGAAAUGGUAGGACAGUGAGGCUCCAACACGCUUGAUAGCUCAUCCUGGUUACCAUACUAUUUCAUUGCCACUUUGAGGUUGAGGAGACCGGUUCGAGAUGGUUGUCAAAGUGCAUUGUGGGACUGUUUUGGGGGACAUAUUUCAACAUGGCGCAAAUUCGUCCCCCAAAACAGUCCCACAAUACACUUUGACAACCAUCUCGGCCCGGUAUCCCGCGCAACCUCAAAGUUGCGAAUUACAAACAAGCUCCAUUGGUGUUUCUUCACUUGAAUUCAAAAGAGUGUUAGCACAAAAAAGCCUCAUCAAAAAAUAAGCUGACAAAAGCUGCUGCAGUUGGUGUGGCUAGUUUUCUUCGUAAAUGCAUGAACCCUUUUUUCUAGAUGUAUAGUAUUCUAAUAUAGGUUUUGGUAAGGGUUUACAUAAAAAAAUUCCUUGUUUUCAGAGAGCUUGACAAUCACUGGAUAUGUAAACCUUGGAACCUGGCGAGAGCUAUUGAUAGUCAUGUGACGUCAAACUUAAACUACAUCAUACGCUUAAGAGAAACGGGGCCUAAGGUUUGUAUUAUUGGUUAUUAUAGAGAGAGUAUUCAAAAGAGUAAUGAUAAUCACAGUUGCUAGGUGCUCGUCCAAUUUUUUCUGCAAAUUCUUUUUGAGAUACCAACAAUUGAUUUCAGUGUCUAGUGACAUUUAUAACGUAACCGUUUGAGCUGAUUUGGUGCAAUGUAUUUUUUUUGGUAAUAAUCACCUUCUUUUAUUGUCAGCUCCUUGUGAUAGGCUACCAUGUUAUGAUCAAAAGGAAAAUUAAAAUCUCCUUCCCGCCAAUUAACAAUCAUUGGAUGAGGUUUUUCUGAUAUCCGGAAUAAUCAAGGUCGAGGUAAGUGUUAUCAGCCGAGCCAAAGGCCGAGGCUGAUAGCACUAACCGAGACCUUAAUUAUUUAGGAUAUCUCAAAAACCGAAUCUAAUAAUUCUUUUAUUAUACAUUGUUUUGAAAAAAAUAACGACAACACCGUCGCAAGGAACCUGAAUUGAUAUUGCUAUAGGAAAUCAUGCAUUGCGCGCGCAACCUACAGAUUAGUCAGUUAUCUGCUAGCAAAAGGUUGCGCUGUUUUCCAAAAUUACCUGUAGGCUCUUAGCCAAUGCGAAGACAGAUAGUGAGUACAAUGUAUAAUAAAAUCAGGAAUGUGACCGGGAAGGCCAUUUUUGGAGGGAAGGGAAAGUCUCAGCUUUUCAAAAUCCAAAACCCUUCAAGGUCUUGCUCUCUUGUGGAAAAUAAGCAUUUUGUUUGUUUAAAUUCUGGGGAUUACCAAACUUGAAAAUGAAAGGAAAGUCGAAUCAAAUUCUGGUGGUGGUAGUAAUAGUAUCAUGGCACCAUCGUGCCUACAUUGUCUAUUCAGCGUGGUUUUGCAAGGUUCGCAGUUGCCUUCACGUGACGUUUGAAAUAGCGAAAAAAAAUUAGGCCAGAUUCCCCUCUUUACUGCUAUUCAUGUUUGCCAUGCCCAGGAAUCUACAUUCAAUUUAAAUGCUGGACGGAAUGAAGGAAUAAUUGAAGAAACAGUAAUCAGUUUUGCUAUGCUUACCAUGCCAGUGCGGCAAGGCCUUUUACGCCCGCGCGGACCAAAUUUUUAUACCCUUCUGCAAUUUCUUCCCCAGAGACACUGAAAAUUACGAAUCUAAAGAAUCUGGAUUCAAUUGUUUUUUAUACUGAAUCCGCGCUGAGAGUAGAUUCAAAGGACUCAGAGAGGUUUUUUUUUUAAAGAAAUUUUUUUUAAAAAAUUGCACCUGUUUUUAGAUUUGAUCAUCUUGUUUCGGAUUCUCGCCCCCAAAACGCUGCCUCAGCCUUGCGAUGAAGGUUACGAGAGCUUUUGUUUAUCAAAUUUUCUUCCUUCUUUCUUCAGGUUGUCUGUAAGUAUAUCGAGAAUCCGGUUCUGUUUCAUCGUGAGGACGUUGGUCGAGUAAAAUUUGAUUUUAGGUAUCUGGUUCUCCUCUCAUCCACCAAACCGUUGGUACUAUACGCAGACAAAGUGUUUUGGCUGAGAUUUGCAAAUCAGUAAGUUUAUAACCUGAUUUUGUAAUCCCGCUCUUUUGGAAUACGAUGUAUGUUCCUCUUUUUGAUAGGUAAUUGUACAUAAAGAUAUUUUAAUUUUCUUUUUCAGACCGUUCUCAAUGGAUUCUUUUGAUGUCUACUCGAAGCAUUUUACGGUUAUGAAUUACAGAGACAGUGAAAACUUAAAGCAGGUUUGUUUUUCUUUCCUGUUCAUGACAUGUUCUUUAUUUUUAAGGGUACUCUGAAUUCGAACACGCUACAGUCUAAGGAGUAGCGUUUCGCCAGGACUCGGUAGAGAAUCUUACGGAUAUUCUGUAACAGACUAAAUCAAAAUGCGACGUUUGAAUUAAAAUAGCGGCGUCGCCUAUUUUUGUUUUUAACGGUCAUUGCUAAAAAAACUUGUCAACUUGAGUCAUGGUGGAAGUGAUAUACGCCCUGGAUUACGAUACGUUAAGGCAAAACAAAAUUUAGUUUUUGAAUAUAAAUGUUAUAAAAAGAGGAAGGUUUAAGCUCAAUUUAAGUUUUCGUUGAAACUUAGAUUAUGUUUUCGAAACCAAUUUUGUGAAUUGUGAGGACCCUUCGUUUCACAAAUCUGUCAUUUCAAGGUCAAGACUUUAAUUCUAAAUAUUACCUAGUUACACGUAAACGUUUUGAUCGAUGAACUUAUGAACUAAUCAUAUUACUUUAUCACUAUACAAUUCAUAAAAUAAAUUUCAGCUUGCUUUGAUCUUCGCAACAAAUUGUAAACAAAGUAACUUAAUUGUCCUAUGAUGUAAUUUUAGUUUUUCCUCUUAAAAUAGGUUUUCCAAUACUGUAUGUACUUGUGUGGUCAGGACUCAUGCAAUUAUAAGUUGUUGUUGUUGUUGCUCUUUCCCUUGUUACUGCGAUUGGGGUUGCUGUGCUUUGCGACAGUCAGAUCGCGCAACGAAAGUGUUAUAUGAACUGACUUUUUAACAACCUUUUUCUUUCCUAACAGGUUCACCACCAUGAAUUUAUACCCAUGUUCGAGCAACAAUAUCCCAAUCAUAAAUGGGCAGAUGUAGAGGUAUUUAAAGCAUACGACAUUCGUCAGUUGAGUUCAAAAAGUACUCUAUUUGAGAUUAGCUAUGCCAGUUGAAGGCAGGAUAGCUGGAACAGGGUGAACGAAGUUAUUGGGGUCCCGUAAUACUCCCCUCUCUGACGAAAAAUGCACCACUCCACCGGGACUACAAACAGCACUGUGGGUUACUUUUGCGUCCCAUUCGAAAAUAGAGAGCUUUAGAUUCCAAACGAGUAGGACGACGAAUACGAGAUUUCGUCAAUGCUAAGUGGUGUUCGCGCGUGAGCCAGCGUCAUUUUGGCGGGAAAAACGUUAUAGCCGUCGUCGUUCUACUACGAGUUUUAGCGAGAAUGUCGUAGUGGCGGAAACAAGUUAUCAAAUGUUUGAAGUUUUAUCAUUUUGCCAUCGGGACAGGGCUUAACCUCCUUCAAUAAAGAUAACAUUAUUAACUUUUCUGAGGGAAAAAGGAACAAUGAAGAAUUCCGGGGUGUCUAUUUUUUUACAAUACGCGAAAAAACUUUAAAUCAAAUCUCUUGCUCAUAAUCGUUCUCAUCCUCGAAUUUUAAGGUCUCUAAUACUCUACAAACCCUAACCGUGGGGGUUCAUUAGGCUGCUGACUGCGCGAGGCAAUGGUUUAAUAGAUUAUAAUUACUCUUUUUUCCGGCUGGAGUGGAGAGCUAUUCCUAACCCGUGGAAUGGGAUAGAGAUAUAUAUACAGUCUGUAGUUAGCCUUUUGAAACAAGAAACGAUUGGCAUUAUUGUCAACUGGGACAUUUCCACAACGCACCCGCUUUCCCACCCCCCAAAUCUCCCUGCCCCAAAAAUAAAGCACGACGGUAUAAUAGUGUAUUCUUAGACAUAUUAAAUUCUGCAAGCAGAAUACUGCAAUGCUGAUCGUACUACGUGAAAAUUAACUCUAAAAACACCAACACGACACCGAAAGAUCUCAAAACAGAGCGGAAUUGUAGCCAUAGACAGCUUUUUCGCCCUCUUUGGGGCUCGUCAGUAAAGCGUAACAACCAGAGAAAGCUCUAAUGAAAAAUAUUCGCGCACUCUGAUUUCAGCCCUGACCUAAAACUCUCAACACCCACGUGACAGAACCACGCCAUACCACGUGUCUUCUGGGGGGCAACAGUCCAAGUGUCAAGUUGAUGUCUCGCAGAGAAAAUAAAGAAUUGACCAAAACCAACCUAUAAAACAUAUGCACAGAAUCAUGCAAAAAUUACUGCAUAUCGGAUCUAUAAAAGAUCUACGGCCCUAGAACACAUAAAGUACAAACAUUAACCACAAAGGUUAUAUUAAAGGUUGUAUUCUUAUUCAAUGGAUGCACAUACCGACCCACUGAGAGAGACUUUCAAUCGCGUUUUGAAAAGGAUUUAACAUUUAUCGAAAGGUUUAAACUUUAAGAUAAAGUGAGGAAAAACCGAAAAGAGACUCAUUGUGGCAUCGUAUUUUUCCUAUUGUGGGUUAAAAUAUAGAACUAAUACCCGCACGCAAGAAUAUUUCUUUCAGUAUAAGUAUGUUUGCAAGAUUUUGUUUGAAAUGACCCAUCCUUUCCCCAAUAAUGAAAAAAGGUGCCCCAUGGUAGCGGGGGACAGGAAACCUAACUUGAUCCUUCUUCCAUGUCCGUUUUUGCUGCACAGACGAGGGCCCCCAUUUUUCGAUUUGGCUUUGCCGCCUGGCAGCCCAAUUAAAAGACAAAAUGGCGGACGGAUCCCUAGAAGGCUUUGCGUUUUCCACUCCCCCUUCAAUGCCAAUUAAACUCAUUUCACAGCUAGAAAAGAUCUUGAAUUUGACCUCGCUUUAAUAUUGAGAGUUUUGGAACUCCGAAAUGGCUUAUUAGAAGGAAGGUGCCUAAAAGAAGGAAGACGCUAAUUCGACGUUGCCUUUUUACUUUUUGAUAAUCAGGCUAAGGUGUUUAAGAUGUUCCGAGAGAUGUUCGAAGCAGCAGUGUCCGACUCACCACCAAAGACCUUGAUGCACUGCUCACAGGUGAGAUAUCAGGUUUUUCAUGCUCCGAUCUGUUCCAUUUUAAGUUUUGUCCCAUCAAGUUUACGAAUGACUCCCCACCAAACAGCAUUUUAACAUCUUUAGACUUGAUGCAGCUUAGUGUAAAUACAUUACUCUUUGUUUAGAAAAUACAUAUGUCAUCUUUUUGUCGCUUUACCUCAACAAAUGUUUUGGCGGCCAUGCAUAAAUAUUAUCCGAAAAACAAACAAUCCAAGUUCAUUGAGCAAAAUUUGAGAAGUCGGGAGUCGCGACGUCGCUGUUUGAUAUGACCACUCGUGUUACAUACGAAAACAACACCACUCACUUCCAAGAUUUAGUGGUCAUAUUGGUUCUACGAAUAAUGCUUUCAUCAUCAUCAUCGUCAUGUCUGAACGAGCCGGUAGGUGCAUAAGGCCUCUCUACGAAUACUUUACUUUUCAAUAAAACAACAGUGUUGUAGAAACGAUGCCUAAAUGGAGUAACGGUUUUUACUGUGUGUUGAAACGUUUUUCUUUUUCUAGUCCCGUGCGUUUUAUGCUGUGGAUCUUAUGCUGAAAUGGGCUGACGAUGGUACGUUUUGUAGUUGGCAGUGUAAAUAUGUUGCAUGAAAAUUGUUUAAAACCUUGUGGGGCCGCAUCUUAUUAGACAUGAAAAAGAACGGCCAUUAAAUCAGUUAUUAUCUUUUAGACAAUCAAAGACUGCAGGGUGAAGCCAUCCUUACAUCUGCGGGCAUUAUUAAAACUAGGAACACUGGAAUAUUUUGAAACACCUCAGGAACAACCUAGUAAAGCUGACAAUAAGUGAAAUAAAAAAAGGCAAACGUAAAUCGUUAACCCUAACUUUUAAUCUGUAAAAUAUUUAAUGUUUUCCUGUUUUUGUUAUUCACUUUACGUGUUCCGUGAGAUUCGGAAAUGUUCUGCGUUCCAGCUUUUAGCAGAGGCGUUCUACGGAUCAGUAUUGAGAUUCAGGCAUAAUUGCCUGGUUGCACCUAACCCACGUUUUGCCUUAAGUGAGACGAUAUUUUUUCUUUUACUGAUAGGCACAGACCAGAUGAUUCCCCAAGUUUUGGAGGUGAAUUUCUGUGCCGACUGCGAGAGAGCGUGCCGCUAUCAUCCAGAAUUUUUCAACUAUAUUUUCAGUCUGCUCUUCCUUGGCGAUUCCAAUGGUUGGCCUGUGGAAGAGCUAUAAUGACAAACUGGGCUACAAUUUGAUGUAAAUAUACAAAAAUGAAUAUUCAAUUCUUGUAAAGUAACGAGCUCGCGUGCCAUUGGUUGCGAGAUCAAGUUCUUCGGAGGAAGAGAAGAUUUUUAUCAUUUGAAUUGCACUGUACGGUACGGUCGUGGAAGAAACACAUCAGGCGGCGCCAGCCUUACUAUUUACUUUUAGAACAAAGUGGACGUUUUAGGACAGUAAGAAAACAAUUUCGCGUUCUUAAUUAAGUGUUAACAAAAAUAACGUUAUUACACCGUAUUGCCUUCAGUUUCCUUGACAUUGUCGAGGCUCUGAUUAGUAGAAACAUAUGUUUACAAAAGGCAACAAAUAAUUACACAGCACAUACCCCGCGAGCAGAGGAUACAUUUUCGCGGUAUUAGCUGGUGUGCGAAGAGUAGGGUACACAGCACAGAGCGCAGAACUGUUAAUUUAUUUCUGAAGUGUAAACAACAACAAAAACAUAUACUAAAAAGUAUCCACAAAAACAUCAGCAUAUUGCGUAUUGUUUCAUGAAUAUAUAUAUUUUAUUUCCCCCAAUGAUUCCAUUUAGCACCCUUGUUUCAUAAUUAGA